AUGGCGUGGCAGACCGGGGCUGGAGGCGGUGGUGUUGGAGGGAUGCCCGCAGGAGAUCAGAAUGGCGUUCAAGCAUACACUCUACAAGGUGUCAUGCGCUUCCUGCAAACCGAGUGGCACAGGCAUGAACGAGAUCGCAACGCGUGGGAAAUCGAGCGCGAGGAGAUGAAGAAUCGAAUAGCUAGCUUGGAAGGCGAAACCAGGACAAGUAAAGGUCUACGGUCUUCGCUCGAGCGCCAUGUCAAAUUAUUGGAACUAGCUCUAAAAAAAGAGCGAGAAAAGGUCAAAAAUUUGACCAAAGGUGAUUACACUAAUGCCAGCAAAGACCCCAAAGAACUGGCCAAGGAAGAAUUAAUGGCUUUGGGAAAAGAUCCGACCUCCAAGUCCAUUAGCCAUUUUGCUACCGAACUCGAUCCUGAAAACCACCUUGCUCAGGGUAUCCGUCAGGAGAAGGAACGUGAAAAGUCCAAGGGUUAUCUAUCCAAAUGCUCCUCGGAAAUCACUUACCACAUCCUGCCGACAUCUCAUGUCGCACCCGAAGUCAAUGACAUAGUCCCGAUAAAUAAUACAAAUCAUGUCUUUGGUGAGCAACAGCCAACUCAACAAGAACUCCAAGACGCAUACAUCCAGUUGCAACAACUCAAGCAACAACAUCACCGAGAUGUGGCCAUGGUUCGAGAAAAUGCUGGACAACCUCAAAAUCCUUUUGCUGAUCCCACACCUCUUACACGGUCGAAUACCCAAAUCAAUCAUGAAGAGCUGCAGAGAAGUGCUAUUCAGUCGAGAACAGAACCCGUUCAAUCUCUUCCUGUGGUAGAUCCCCGGAAGAACUUUUUCAACGAGCAACUGCCUGUAACCGAGGAACGAAUAGAGUCAAUCAGCCACAGUUUCGACGCCUACGGUCGUGAGAUCCCUAUCAAAGACACACCUGACACCGCACCAGUCGAAGUAUCGAAAGAGGUCAACGACGGAUGGGAUUUUGAUGAUGGUCCAGCGCCACAUGAAAGGCCACUCGAUCAACCCACCCAGCACAGACCUGAUGUAGAGGUCUUCCCUAGCGCUAACCUCAUACCCUCUAAAUCACCCCCUCGAGCCCCCGGAUCACAUCGUCGAAAGAGCUCUGGAGCCAGACGACGUAGCGAAGGCAACAACGACGCCCGUGAACUGGCCGCCUCGAGAUCCGGGAAUACCCAGUUCAAAGUUCGGUUCGCCAUGAGAGGUCACCUAGACGUGGUUCGCUCGGUCAUCUUCACCGGAGGUGGAAGUCCAUCAGAGCCGGAAUUUUGCACAGCCAGUGAUGAUGGUGGUGUCAAGAGAUGGCACAUUCCCGCCACUUAUACCCACAAUGUCAAUUUAGGCGAUGACCUUGACCGGACUGCCCAUUUCACACAUCGGGGCCAUGUCGGGGCCGUUUGCUCUUUGGCCGCAUGUCCAGCAUCACCCAAUUUUUCGAGUGGAGGUCGAGCAGCUGGCGAUGGAUGGAUCUUUUCUGGUGGCGAGGAUGCUACAGUCAAGGUCUGGGAAAGAGGCAGAGUCGACGCAAAGGCAACACUGGAAGGCCAUAAAGAUGCUGUCUGGGCAUUGUGUUGUCUUCCAAGUUUGACCGGAACUCUCCUUGGUGAACGUUGCUCCCAAUUUGGCGGCCCAGACCGAGUUCUCCUUGUUGCUGGGGCUGCUGAUGGAACGAUCUUGAUAUGGGCCGUUAGUACACCGCCUCAACUAAGUUCUCCUCACGCCGGAAGCCGCUCAGUAAGGGGCAGUCGACGGGCCAAUUCGGUGUCAGCAGGAUCGAAUUUUCCAAGCUCACCACAACCAAGUGUUGCGAGUACUAUUCCUUUCAAUUACAGCCUGGUCCAUCGUAUCGAACGAACCGACAAACCCGCUCCAACAUCGAUUUGCCCCAUGGGUCUCCAUGGAGAAAGCUUCGUGGUUGCUUAUGCUGAUGCCAGUGUAUUGGUCUUUGAUACCAGAAGCGGGGAAGAAAUUGUUGGAAUGGCCAGCCAGGAAACCUACGAUGGGACAGCAAGCACCGGCAUUAAUGCUGUGGCGGCCAGCAGCACCGGUUUUGACAAUAGAGACACAGUACCGACUGGUCGUCGUGGCUCUCUAGGUGAAGAUGAUGUCGUCCAUGGUGCCACUGGUUCAGAAGGUGGCAUCGAAGGGGUUGUUAUCGCUGGAUAUGAAGACCGCUAUAUUCGCUUUUUUGAUGCCAACAGUGGUAUGUUUUCAUUCCGAUUAGGCUUCCAAUAA